AACAGCACCGCACGCGUUAGCCAGUCGUUUGUUCAUCCAACGGGCGUUCGGAUCUAUGUGCAAGUGUUCGUGCGUAUAGAGAAAAGAAAAAGAGAGAGAUAGGAGAGAUAGACAGAUAGAUAGUUAGAAAGAAAGAGAGAGUAAUAGAGAAAGAGAGAGACAAACAGAGAGAGAGAGAGAGAGAAAGAAUAAAAAAAAAAGAAGAAAAGUGUCCUAAUCAUCGAUAAGUGAAGUUUUGAAGACGAAGCAGCUCGUAGGAGGAUUUAUCGAUUUUUAUCGAUGAUAGUUCAAGUCUUGAGAAAAAGGAUUAGAAGAGCGUAAAUGUAGGAAAAUAUUAAGCAAGUUAACAUAAUAUAUCCAUUUUGUAUAUACUCAACUCGAAAAUGGAUUAAUAUAUUAUCUUCCUGUUUGAGUAUUUGAUCUAUCUGGAAAACAAUUAACUUCGAUGGAUCAUCGAUCAAAGACUUGAAUUAAAUCGCCAUCUUCGCGAGGGAGGUAGAGAAAGAUGACGAAGAUGUAAAACGUAUGCAACGUUAUUUUGAUCAUACGUUAAAAAAGAAAUUAAAAAGGAGAGAGAGAGAAAGAGAGAGAAAGAGAGAGAGUAUCUGUACGUGUAUACGUGUACAUUUAGAAGUGACGUGUACACACGUACUUCUAAUAAAUUCGAAAUUCAAGAAAAUAAAUUGAUAAGAAAGAAACUUUGCGAGUACAUAAAAAGAGAGAGACGUGGUAGAUAGAAGGAAGAUAAAAAGAAGGAAAAUAAAGAGAGAAAGAGAGAAAGAAAGAGAGAAUUGUUGGGUAUGUGCCCUGAUAAGGAAAGAGUACUAACUAUGAGGUGUGCCGUCAAUGAAAAAGCUGCUUAUGAAGAAGUUGAUCCUUCUUCGAUGAAAAAAAUGGAGGAGUCGAGGAUUAAAGAAGUCAAGAUAGAUCGAACGUCUCUAUCAGAGGAUUCUUCUUUGAGUGACCGGAUUCAGUACGUUCCAAAAAUCAAGUGGUUGGAUCUUUCUGCGCAAAUAUUCAUCCAUGGAGGUUGUCUUUAUGGAUUCUACCUCAUGUUCACACAGGCGAAAUUUGUGACGUCUUUGUGGGCUUUCAUAGUGAUAUACACUUCCGGUUUUGGCAUAACAGCGGGAGCUCACAGAUUAUGGUCUCACAGGGCGUACAAAGCGAAAUGGCCAUUGCGAUUAAUUCUAGUCUUCCUUUUCACGAUAACUGGUCAAAAACACGUUUACGCAUGGGCAUUGGACCAUAGGGUGCACCACAAAUACAGCGAGACCGAUGCCGAUCCACAUAAUGCAAAAAGAGGUUUUUUCUUCGCUCAUGUAGGAUGGCUUUUUACAACACCUCACCCAGACGUUGUGGCUAAACGCAAAGUCGUUGAUAUGAGUGAUCUUGAGGCCGAUCCGAUAGUGAUGUGGCAAAAGAGAUUUUAUAUACCUCUAUUUGCUCUUUUGACCAUUGGAUUACCGGUCGCGGUACCUUAUUACCUUUGGUCUGAAACAUUCUGGACAUCUUUCUGGGUUAGUUUUAAUUUCCGAUUUUGCGUAACGCUCAAUAUAGCUUUCUUCGUUAAUAGUGUCGCACACAUGUGGGGUCAGAAACCUUACGAUAAGAAUAUCUCACCAGUCGAGAAUAUAGCGGUUUCCAUAGCAGCGCUUGGAGAAGGCUGGCACAAUUACCAUCAUGUUUUUCCAUGGGAUUACAAGACCGGAGAACUCGGUGAUUAUUCUUUCAAUAUAACGACUGGAUUCAUCGAUGCUUUCGCUCGUAUUGGUUGGGCUUAUGAUCGGAAAUAUGUCUCGCCAGAAAUGAUACGGCGAAGGGCAAAUAAAUCUGGUGAUGGUAGUCAUGUUUGGGGUUAUGGAGAUGUGGACAUCCCUAAAGAAGAUCUUCAAGAAUUAGAAACGAUGGAUAAAAAAUUUUUAUAAACAAUUAGUUCCUUUUUUAUUAUAUUAAUACGCCGGUACAAAAUACAGCAGAUUCUUUGUCGUCGUUCUUAUUAUCCUGCCGUCUUUUUUAUAUUUUCUAGAAAAGUAAAAAUAUCUUAGAUUUAUAUAAAAAUUUUAUAAUCGUGGAAUAACAAAGAACACGUUCUUGCAUUAUUAAUUGAAAGCAUAAAUGUAAUUCCGUAUAAUGAAGUAUAAGAGUAUAAUGAUGAGGUAAAAAGAAACAAAGAAAAAUAAAAAAGCUAUUUUUAUGCUUUUUCGUUUUUUUUUCAUAUGUUUAAUACAUAUGUAUUUUCACGUGGUUGCAUAAAAAUACGUUAAUUUUUAUUUAAUAAAGUAUUAUUAAUUGUUGUUGUUGUUUCCGAUUGUAUGGAUACAUAUUUUGAAAUAGAAAUGCAACAAAUGUUAUGUUACUUUUGUUGAAAGAAUAUUAUUCUGAUUUAUUUGUCAUAAGGCCAUUAGCUUAAUAAAUAAAUAAAAAAAUAAAAAAUA